CCCCCAACCCCGGGUAUGGUCCCCCAGAGAAACCCCUCGGGGCUGGCCCAGGGGCCGUAUCCUGCGGUCCUGGGCGCUGAGCCCCAUCCCAAAUGGCUGCGAUCGCCAUGACAACGCUGAAUUCAGCUCCUGCCACCUACUCGGGCUCUGAGCCCGCUGGGUGCUGGCUGAUGGCUCGGUGCAGGCAGCAGCGGACAGAGGAUGUCCUCAAUGUUUGGCAAACCCCGAGCCGGCGGCGAGCGGCCGCCCCAGAGCCCCCUCGCCGAGUGCAACGUGGCCAUCCUGGGGUGCCAAGGGGCUGGCAAGUCAGCCCUGACCGUGAAGUUUCUAACCAAGAGGUUCAUAAGCGAAUAUGAUCCGAACUUGGAGGACACCUACGCCUCAGAGGAGUUGGUGGACCAGCAGCCCGUGCUGCUGAAGGUGAUGGACACCGCUGACCAGGAUGGCCCCGGGAACUGCGAGCGCUACCUGGGCUGGGCCAGCGCCUUCCUCGUCGUCUACAGCAUUGACGAUCUGAAGAGCUUCGAGGGCUGCCAGCGCUACCUGGAGGUCCUCGCCCGGCACGCGAGGGGCUGCCAGCGCCGCUGCCCUGUGCUCCUGCUGGGCAACAAGCUGGACAUGGAGCAGUACAGGCAGGUGCCCACAGCCGAAGGGACGUCCCUGGCGAGCAGGUUCGGGUGCCUCUUCUACGAGGUGUCGGCGUGCCAGGACUUCGCAGGGGUGCAGCACGUCUUCCACGAAGCCGUGCGAGAGGUGCGGCGCCAGGCGGAGGGGAGCCUGCCCAUCCGGCCACUCUUCAUCACCGAGGAGCGUCCCUGCCCGCCGGUGGCCACACCGGUCGCCCUGCCCACCCGCCACGGCUUGGCCAGCUGCACCUUCAACACCCUCUCCACCGUCAACUACAAGGAGAUCCCCUCGGUGGCCCAGGCCAAGCUGGUCACCGUCAAGUCCUCACGGGCUCAGAGCAAGAGGAAAGCUCCCACGCUCACCUUGCUGAAAGGCUUCAAGAUAUUUUAGGACGUGUCCCUGCGGGCUGUGGAGGGGGCGGCGAGAGACCCUCAUCCCCCCCGGCUCCGCAAGGGCUGAGACCCUCCGCAACGGACUCACAGGCACUGCAGCAGCUGCUGGCGGACGUUGGCCCGGUCUCUGCGCCGGAGCAAAACCUGUGAUGGGGUGCCGAGAGUCCGAAAUCGGCUGUGGCAUCCCUCUGCCUGCCCCCGCCCUGGCUCUCAUCCCCGCUGGCUGAGCGCUGCCGCAGUGUUUGCACCCUGUCCUGCCAUCGGCACUGGGGGCCAGCCUGGCUUUCCAUGCGGAUCCGGGCAGUUCCCGGAGCAGCCGGAGCCGCGGGCACCACCGGGAG